GACUAAAUUAUUGUAUUUUCUUUUUCUUUAUACAAAAUUCGAGGCUUCUUCUAACCUUUGUACAGAACAGGUCUCAAUUGUACUAUUUGCAUUUGUUUAUGAGUAAAACUAGAUCAGCAGCAUCCGUUGAAUCGAGGGCUUUCGAUUUUGCUCUUGCUUCACAAGGUUAAUUAGUCGCUCAGCUUUCACCAUCUAUAUCCGACUGUGGGUGUCGUGCUUCUUGGUAGUUCUUGUGUUUUGACUCCAAUUGAAGCAACCCAAUCGUCUUUUAAGCUCUGUGUUCAAAUGGGUUUGGCUUUAUUUCUCUUGGGUAUUUCUCGCCGAUUGGAAUCAUUGAGGUUUAUGGUUGAUAAUUAGGCAUCUUUUCCUGAUAUGGUGAGCAGAGAAGGUUUUGGGUGUUCGGAGUUCCAGAGAAGAUUUGGAUAUUUUUCCAGAACUGUUUUUGCUUUGUGGGUUGUUCAAUUUUUGGUUUCCCAGCCUGUGGAUGGUCUAAGACCAUUGCGGGAGAGGGCUCGAUCAUGGGGCGACGAGUGGUUGUUUGUAAGAAAAGAUAAAAGUGAUUUGGGUCCAUUUUCUGAGUGGAAUAUUACAGGAACUUAUAGAGGCAGCUGGAGUUUUCUAGAUUCCACAAAUAACUCUUCCAGGUUUCCGGAUUUCAGAAAUUCCAAUGGCAAUUCAAUUAUCGAAUUAAUUAGUACGCCAACCAAAAUAUCUGGUGUACAUUAUGUUCAGGGUGUUGUUAUUUUUCAUGAUGUAAUUGGUAACGAACAUGAUGUUGGUGGAGUUCAAAUUAAGGUUGAGGGUGUAUAUAUUUGGCCUUUUAGACAGCUCCGGAUGGUAGCUAACAGUGGAAAGGGAGGAGAAUAUAAACAAGAAGUGGACAGUAUCUUAUCCAAUCCCUAUCAUCUGGCAAGGCUUCCUCCUUCGAGGAUAAAUCUUGGAGUUUUCUCCUCCCAGGUGUUCCAAGAAUCUCCACAAGAUAAGAUGUGGAGAAGAAGCCACUCACCAAUUUAUGAAAUGGAGAAGCAUUGCAAUAUUGAAAUAGCAGCUCAAAUAUCAUAUUUCUCUUCUGCACAAAAUGUAAAUGGAGAACAUGAUCAUUACCAUAUUGAAGGAUUAAUGGAGUCUCCUGCAGUAGACGAUGAUGGAGAUUGCUUUUCACCCUUAGCAUUAAAUGCCACUUCUGUGAACAUUGAGAUCUACUACAACAAAGCAGUGAAUUAUACCUUGAUGGUCACUUUUAUCUCUUUCCUUCAAGUACUUCUCUUAAUUCGGCAGAUGGAACAUAGCAACACUCAAUCUGGCGCUGCCAAAGUUUCAAUACUGAUGAUCGGGCAGCAGGCUAUUAUGGAUGCUUAUCUAUGUCUUCUGCAUUUGACUGCAGGAAUAUUAGUCGAAUCCUUAUUUAAUGCUUUUGCAACUGCUGCAUUUUUCAAGUUCGUUGUGUUCUCAAUUUUUGAGAUGAGAUAUCUUCUUGCAAUAUGGAAAGCCAGUAGGCCUAUGAACAAUGGAGAAGGUUGGGAAACCAUGAGACGCGAACUUUCAGUUCUAUACAGCCGUUUCUAUGGAAUUCUCUUGGGAGGCAUUUUCCUUAUGUACGAGUUGCAUCGUUUCCUGAGACCGAUUCUCCUUCUCAUGUACUCCUUUUGGAUACCUCAGAUAGUCACCAACGUUAUUCGUGACUCGAGAAAACCUUUGCAUAUACAUUACAUCUUAGGAAUAACUAUAACUCGGCUUGCAAUUCCAUUAUAUGUGUUCGGCUGCCCCCACAAUUUCAUGCGUAUUCAGACUGAUAAAACUUGGUGCAUUUGUUUGGGCGUCUUUACUUUUCUCCAAGUGGCCAUUCUUCUUCUUCAGCACUACUUUGGAUCCCGGUGGUUCAUCCCUCGUCAGAUUCUACCCGAGAAAUACAGCUACUACCGGAGGAUAGAUCAAAAUGGGAAUCACGCUACAGAUUGCGUCAUUUGCAUGACCACCAUAGACGUUUCACGCCCUAAUGAUUGCAUGAUUACUCCAUGUGACCAUUUCUUCCAUUCCGUUUGCUUACAAAGAUGGAUGGAUAUAAAGAUGGAAUGCCCGACUUGCCGCCGUUUGCUGCCGCCUGCCUGAUCGUAUCUAGUUGUAUCUACAUUUAUUUACAAUCAACUGACAUUUUCUUGCCCCCAAAUUUUGGUUGGGAAAACAAGGGCAGCUUUGAAGCAGCUUUAAGAUGUUAUAUAGAGAGUUACAAAAUGUUGGGCUUCAACAAACACAUCCAGUAGCUGAUCUUUAUUGUUUGUAUAAUGUAUAUCUUUUCUGUACAUUGAUACAAUAUCUGUAGUUCAGUAGGGUAGUAGAUGUGAGUGAAUCUCUUCUUAGUUUGAAUCUUUGUAUUCUGUUUAAAAUAAUAAAGUAAUAUUAACUCUUAACUUGCACUGCA